CCCUCCCGUCUAGCCCCUCCCCCCUCCCCCUCCUCCGGUCGGACGGACACAUUCCCCGCUACCUUUCACCCCGGAGAAACCCCGAUCUCACGAAGAUACCGCGUGCACAACAUGGCGUCAGGUGUAACAGUGAACGAUGAGGUCAUCAGGGUGUUCAACGACAUGAAAGUGAGGAAGUCUUCGUCCCAGGAGGACGUGAAGAAGAGGAAGAAGGCGGUGCUGUUCUGUCUAAGCGAGGACAAGAAGAAGAUCAUCGUGGAGGAGGGGAAGCAGAUCCUGGUGGGCGACAUCGGGGAGACGGUGGACGACCCCUACGGCUGCUUCGUUAAGCUCCUCCCCCCCAACGACUGCAGAUACGGGCUGUACGACGCCACCUACGAGACCAAGGAGUCCAAGAAGGAGGACCUGGUCUUCAUCUUCUGGGCUCCAGAGAAUGCUCCACUGAAGAGCAAGAUGAUCUACGCCAGCUCUAAAGACGCCAUCAAGAAGAAGUUUACAGGUAUAAAACAUGAGUGGCAGGUGAACGGGCUGGACGACAUCCAGGACCGCGCCACGCUGGCAGAGAAGCUUGGGGGGAACGUGGUGGUGUCUCUGGAGGGCAAGCCGCUGUGAUGUCAGAGCGGCGAGCGGAGCCAAGCCAACCGCCGUGCCAUCCGGAUGAAGCACCUUACCCCACCUGAGCUCCACCCAGCCGCUCUGCAUCGUGUUCUCAAGGAGUUUAGCAUCUUUAGGCCUCUUUGUUUUACUUUUUGCUCGUUUCGCUUUCUUUCGACUUGAAGGAGAUCUCAUUAACAUAAUGAUAUGCAAACCCCUCCCCCUUUGUUGCCACAUGACUUCUGUUCACCUGGCAGAAUAAAACCAGAAAUGACUCACUCCCAAACCCCGGACGGUUGUCUCUCGCUAACAGCCAGAGCUUUGCCAAAAAGUCCAUGUGAAGGAAGCAGCCACACGCGUGGGGGGCGGGCUCCACCAAGCUCCGCCUCCUGCCUCACAAGGGUCACGACGCUGUUUAUUACAUAUGACUUUAUUUAUUUAAGUGUUGUUUCUUCUCUGCUCGUCGUUGCUAUGCACCAAGAGAAAGAGCACUUUGUUGACACACUACAGGUUCACGUCACCGUGGUAACGGCCUCUUUCCAGCUGGUCGUCGCCUUACUUUCAGUUUGAAUGUAACUGUCACACCAGUUAGUUAGACUGUGCAUUUAUUUUGUAAAGAAACACUACAGGAAGCAGAUUUGACCCCAGCAGUGAGAGACAACAACAAAAACAACAACAACCCGACGACAUCUGGAGCCUUAAAGUUGAAUCGUUGUUUCUGAGAUCACAUGGAGCCACUUUGCAAUAAAAGCUUGUGGCCGA